UAACUUUUUAAACUUUUUAAAAACAAUUACGUACAGUUAAGUCAAUUUUUUCAACUAACAAACUUUUUGAUAUCAGUUACAAAGAUAUUAAAAAAUUAAUUUGCAGUUGAAAUACCAUUGGUAUAUAAAUGUGGCAGUUAGAUAAUGUGACAAAAUAUUUCCGCUUCAAAAUAAGCUGUCCUACAUAUUAAAGUAAUGACAAAUUUAAAUUUGAUGUCACAUCUCGAUCUACAAUGGUAUAAAAAGAAUACACUUUUUACCACACGUCGAUAUGUUAUAAGGUUAAAAUAAUUUAUUUUUGGCAUAAAACAUAUUCAGCUACAAUCCACCAAUAAAUUAAUGUCUAAUUACGCUAAAAACAAAAAUAAAAUGAGUUAAAUAUUAAAUAAGUCCAUAAGAGCUAAUGUAUUUGUAGCACCUAUUCGAACACUUGCGCCUCUAGCGGCGAUUGCUGAAAGUUGAAUUAGAGGUUGAAAAGUUAGCCCACAAACGAUGCAUUGCGUUUCCACUCCUUCUUACAGGUCUCCAUAGUUUUUUCCAAUGAACUGUCAAUACGGAUUGACAGUUCAUUGGUUUUUUCGGUUUUUGGGAUUUCGGAGAAUUUAUAUGGAAAUAUGAAACUAAUUAUUUAAUAACAUGGAAGUUAAACAAGAAGUUGGUGAAGAGACAUGUAAAAUAGAAAUAGAUAGUGAUAUGAAUGAUGCUCUUCUGGAUGGUAUUAAAAUUGAAUUUAAGCAGGAACCCAAAAUAGAAGCUACACAUGAUGAUACAUUUGAGGUUGCAAACGCAGAUUUAAAGAAAAUUCCCAUAAAGACUGAAAUAGAACAAGAUGAACAUGAACUUAUGUCAUUGGAAGAAAGACAAACAAAUAAAAAAGACUCUUCACAAGAGGCGCACACAUUGGAGAUUAUGAAAACAAUACAUGUACAUUCAAAUCACACUGGAGAAAAACAUUACAAGUGCGAAAUUUGUCAUAAACAGUAUACUCGUAAAGAUCAUUUAAAUGCACAUGUAAGAGUUCAUACUGGAGAAACUCCUCACAAGUGUGAAAUUUGCUUUAAGCAGUUUAGUCAAUCAGGUCAUUUGAAAAUACAUAAGAGAGUACACACUGGAGAAAAACCUCACAAGUGUGAAAUUUGUUUUGUGCAAUUUUCUCAUGCAGAUUCUUUAAAACGGCAUAUGAGAUCGCACACCGGCGAAAAACCUUAUAAGUGCCAAAUUUGUUUUAAGUCGUUUACUCAGAAAGCUAAUUUAAAUGAACAUAUAAAAGUUCAUACUGGAGAAAAACCUCACAAGUGUGAAAUUUGUUUAAAGCAGUUUACUCGAGUAAGUGAUUUGAACAUUCAUUUAAGGCUACACACUGGAGAAAAACCUUACAAGUGCGAAAUUUGUGAUAAACAGUUUGGUGUAGCGUUUUAUUUGACACAGCAUAUGAGAUCGCACACCGGAGAAAAACCGUAUAAGUGCCAAAUUUGUUUUAAGUCGUUUACUCAGAAAACUCAUUUAAAUCAACAUACGAAAAUUCACACUGGAGAGAAACCUCACAAGUGCCAAAUUUGUUUUAAGCAUUUUAGUGAAUCAGGCACUUUAAAAACACAUUUUAGAGUACACACUGGUGAAAAGCCUUACAACUGUGAAAUUUGUUUUAAAUCAUUUACUCAGAAAAGUUCUUUAAAUACACAUAUAAAAGUUCAUCAAUGAGAUGAAGGAGAGUACUUUUGAGAAAAUAAUUGAAUACCAAAUACCCAUAUAUUAUGGCAUUUAUAAAUUUUGAAAAGGCACUCGACUCCAUAGAACACUGGGCAGUGAAACAAUCACUACACAAUAGCAGAGUAGAUUACAGGUAUAUACUAUACAGAACUAAUCUCUAAUAUAUACAGUAAGGUCACAAUUACGAUUCAACUUGAACAAAAUACAUACCCCAUACUUAUCAAAAGGGCCAUUAGACAGGGAGAUACGAUUUCGCCGAAACUCUUCAACCACUACACUAGAAGACAUUUUCAAGAGAUUCCAAUGGGAAUAAUAUGCAAUCAUCAUUAACGGCCAAUACUUAAAGCACCUAAGAUACUCUGACGAUAUCGUGCGUAUCGCUACAGACAAGGAACAACUACAAAUAAUGAUACAACAACUAGACCAAGAAGUCAGUAAAGCUGGAUUAAAUAUGAAGUACAACAAAACAAAAGUGAUAACAAAUCAAGAAGAUGAGUUAAGAAUAGUAGUUAAACAAAACCAAAUAGAAGAAGUGAAUGAAUACAUAUACUUUGGGACAAAUAAUAAAAUUGAAUAGAGACAACCAAACAGCAGAAAUAAAGAUACGAACGAAGUUAGCGUGGGCCUCGUUUGGUAAGCUCAGCUUCAUAUUGAAGAAUAAAAAAUAUCUAAAAACGAAACUCUACGACCAAUGUAUUCUUCCGGUCCUUACAUAUGGAUGUCAAAGAUGGACGUUCACAAAAGCGAAUUUGGACAGAAUUGCGAAAACACAAAGAGCAAUGGAAUGACAAAUGAUCAACAUAAGACUGUCUGAGAAAAAGGAAUUCCUGGGUAAGAAAUAUCACAAAAGUUAAGGAUGCUACUCGUCAAACAGCUAAACAAAAAUGGAAAUUCGGCGGUGAUACUAUUAGACAAAAAGACGAAAGAUGGAAUAAAAUUAUUACAGAGUGGAGACCAUGGACAUACAAACGAAAGAGAGGGAGACCACAGAUGAGAUGGGUAGAUGACCUAAAACACCAAGCCGGCUCAAAAUGGAUGCACAUUGCUCAGAAUAGAGAAAGAGGGAGGAGCGAAGGGGAGGAUAUGUCCAAUAUUGGAUGUCGCAAGGCUGAUAGAUAGGUAGAUAAAAGUUCAUACCGGAGAUUAUUUCAUUCAUGACCAAUAGAAAGCUACAGAAAUAAAAAUUAAAGUGAUAAUUUUUGAUAAUAUCCCGUCGUCAAGCAUUAUUAUAUUAGUUAAAAUGAUUUAAGAAGACAGUUUUAUUCAUGAAAUAAUCUCGGCGAAUUUCCCUCGAUCUCUAAAAUUAUUAUCGACUUGUUGCCCUCAUGCCACUUUGCCAUAAUUUCACUCCCCUUCGGGUCAUGAAAUUAAAACUGUCAAAGUGUCACUCGGGAAACAAAUCGAUAAUUUUAGAGCUCUCGUGCAAUUACUACUGAAAAGCCAUACAAUUGCGAAAUGUGUGAUAAACAGUUGUAACACAACAUUUGAAACAACAUAUAGAGGAAAAACCUUACAAGUGUGAAAUUUGUUUUGUGUGAUUUUGUCGAAAAGUUUCUUUGAAACGUCUAAUGAGAUUUCACACUGAAGAAAAACCUUAAAACCUUAAAUAAUUUACUCAGAACAGUUCUUUAGCUUUGAACAUACGAUAGUUCACACUGUAACAAAGCUUACAAAUUUCAAAUUUGUUUUUGGCAGUUGGCAGUUUUUAGGCUUGUAAAUAUUGUAUCUUAGAUUUUAAGUUCCUUGUAUAGAUUUUUUAAAUUUUAAUUAUCAGUAUGAACACGAAACGAGGGUCCGUCCACGCCCAAAGGGACAGAUGUGUGGGUGGAACCAAUCGAAGGGUGGCGGUGCUAAGAUUGUGUUUAUUUUCAAUCGUAGUUAAGACAUAAUAAUAACAUUCGAACCCUUUGAACCAAUUUUAAUAGGUUAGUUCUCAGGAGAAACGGAUUAAAGCAUGAAGAAUAGGGAUAUUAGAUGUAACAGUUUUUAGUCGGUGUGUGUCAAUAUGUUCAGUCGGUUUUACCAUCAGAACCUCGACGAACGUGUUAUUUGGGAUAAUCGAAAAAUACGCAACUUAGAUGCUUUAAAACGGGUAUUAUGACAAGCCGAUUAUAAUCAAUAAUAUUUAGACGCGAUUAUUUCCAAAUACUAUUAAAUAUUAUUUUUGUAAGAACGAGUAAAAUUGUGGCCGCUUUAAUUUCACUUUUACAUUUCGUCAACUUAUCAGUAAUCUAUGAUUGAGUUGUCUAUUUUAUUAAUUAAAGCUGUUAAGCAUAAUACGGACUUUUAUUACGAGUGUAUUUAACGAAUCCUACCAGUGGCGGCUUUUCUUUAUGUGCUGCUGAGCUGCAGAACUACCAAACAACCAUAGCAAAUCUUAAUUAUUAAAGAAUAAUUAAUAUAGUUUUAUUUCAAAUCUGCCAUAUUAUCAUAUUAAACAUCAACUGUUAAUAAUAAUUCACCAACAACGAUGAUUAAUAUUAUUUUUUUUACGUAUUUACUCCUCUAGUGAAACCGUAUAAUUUUUUUACGUAUUUGGUGCUCCAGUGAAGCAAUCUUUUUACGUAUUUGCUGCUCCAGUGAAGCCGCGUCGAUAACACUGGCAGCGGUAAAAUGCAUUUAUUAGGCAAACGGCGAUCUUAGCCGAUGUGCUUCGGCAAUCGGCUGAUUAACGGCCUCGGAAAUGUGUUUGCGAGCUGCAAUUCACGACAGUUAUUCGUGACCGUUGCAUCUGUGCCGUGUUUAGAAAUUCUUAGGUUACAAUUUUGACUGUAGAGAAAUUCCAUGACUGAAGACCGACUUGUAGCAUUAACCAUGUUGUCAGUAGAAAAAACACUUAUAAAAGAAAUACCAAACUUUAAUGAAAAAGUUAUAGACAAGUUUGCUUUAAAAAAAUCGACGAAUCGAGCUUAUUUAUAAAAAAAAUAAUAUAUUUGGCUCUGUGUGUAGUUAGUUCGUAAGACCCUAUAAUGCAAUUAUUGUUGUGGCGAUUUUGUUUGUAGUGUUUUUUCGUUUGCAUUCCUUAGUUUCGCGUAUUUAUCGAUAAAAUUCUACUAAAAACAUAAACUAUAAAACAAUUACUAGUGUGCCAUAAUGUACCAUUGCUAUUUUUGAUAUAAUUGGAUUUAUCUUCAAUUUGAAAAGAAGAAAAUCGGUAAGUUCUUUAUUAUUUUUUAAUAGAUAUAUAAUGAAUAAAUAUAUGGUGUAAAAUAUCAAACUAAAAGCCUCGUUGUAAAAUACAACGAUUAAAAGAUAUUGAAUUAAAAAAAACCAAAAAAUACUGCAGAACUACCAAAUUUUUGAGUCACCAGCCGCCACUGAAUCCUACACAAAUAACAAAUGUUUAACUAAACAUGCAAAAAUUGACCAUGGGAGGGGCAACAAUUUUUGAAGUGUGACAUAAUUUUAAACAGUUUAUUCAUAAAGUUCUUUAAAUGAACAUAAAAAGUUCACAUUUGACAAGAACUUUUCAACGUAAGCAGUUAUCAAAAGCAGGUGUUCUGAUGUAACAUACGAAAUUACACAUUAAAGUAUGAAAUUUGCUUACAAGUUUCUCUUAAAAUGAAGUUAAAUGCACAUAUCUAAGUCACCCUGGAGAAAGGUCUUAGGGCUGUUAUAUUUGUUUUUUCAUGUCUUGGUCCAAGUGGUUUCAAAGAAACAAUUGGAAACUUACCUUGCAAAAUAAUUGUUGAUAUGUUAAUCAUGUUAUUAAAAAAUAUAGAUUUAGAAUAGUUUUUUUACAUUAUGUAAACCCUGGUUAAUAUAGUAAUCUUAUAAAGAUAUACAGGGUGUUUGGUAAAGAAAGGGUCAUAGCUUA